CGGAGGUCGCCAAGCGCCGGGCGACCCGUCUCGUCGUCAUCACGCCCCAAUAAUUCACUGCCCACCCGCCGUCGCCACCACUGGCCCUACGCGGCCCGCCAAUAAUAACGCGCCUAAAGCAGAGGCCGAGACCCGCGACGUGCAGCAGGGCGCCAGUGGCGACCACCACACAGGGGCGCCGAGGAGCUGAGCUGAGCUGAGCGACCGCGCUGCCGGCCAUGUCCGCGCCCCGCCGCCGCCUGGCCACCACCACCCCGUCGCUCCGCUUCCUCGGCCUGCUCAAGCAGCCCGACGACGCCUGCGUCGACGUCCAGGAGCUCGAGCUAGACGAGCGCGACGUCGUCUGGUCCUCCAGCGCGACCUCCUCGUCUUCGACCUCCGCGGCCUCCUCGCCGUCCCCGACCACGUCCCCGUCCGCGAGCCUCCGGAGGCCCAUAUCGGCGUCGUCCCGCUACUUCCCGUCCGGCAGCGUCGGCCUGUCCGCGCUCCUCGCCGAGGACCACCGCCACGCGCCCACCGCGCCCGUCGCGGCCGCCGCGCGCCCGGAGACGAGGCAGCGCGCUCCGCAGCCGUACCACCAGUCGGCCCCCGUCGCCGUGCCGGCCUGGCCCAAGGCCAUGGCGGGGCCGGAAGUUGCCGCGGGCUACGACGAGGACGACGACGGCGAGCCCGUGGUGCCGCCGCACGAGGUGGCCGCGCGGCGCGCCGCGGCGGCGGCGUCGGUGAUGGAGGGCGCAGGGCGCACGCUCAAGGGGCGCGACCUCCGUCGCGUGCGCAACGCCGUGUGGCGCACCACCGGCUUCCUCGACCUGUGAAAAAGGACGCUCCUUUCCUUUGGAGGUUUUCGUUCCGUUCGCUGGCCACGUCACUCCACUCCUCGCAGGGCUGCUUCUUCUUGGCUUCUUGCGUCGGGGUCCAGAACCAGGCACUGGAAAAGGUGGGCGUUUUCUUACUAGGUUUGGGGUUCUAGGGGCACUAUUAUGAGGUGUAUCUGUUUUGGAAGUAUCUGCAGGUGCUUCAGUAUUUUUCCUGGAAGGAAACUACACUGGUCAGUCUGCAACUGUUUUGAGACUUCUGCAAUGUCUUUGAGAAAGAAUUUUUCUCGGCAGAUGAUGCAGAAUAGCUAAAUCCACCGUGUGGCAUAAGCCCAUGUGAUUAGUAAACCUCUAGUGUAGUGUGCAGAAGUGGUGUCUUCAUAGCUUUUGUACACCACUGUGGCUAAUAGAUUGCCUUUUCUAUUGUCCAAAUUCCGAAUAGACACUCUUCUGUGCUUCUUGUGUUUGCUUGCA